UUCUUCUGAUCCUCUCGGUUUACGAACUUUCGAAUUAUUUUUACUCAAUUAAAUUUUUUUAUAAAUAAUUUCUGGGAGCAAAGUUACUUUAACCAUUCAGUAAUAAAGACAUUUAGUAUCAAAGUUAUGUAAAUCCUGUUUUGUUUGAAAAUUGUUGUAUAUUUCUUUAGUGAUCCAUAAAAAAAUGACAAACUGACUUAGGCCAGAAAGUACAGUUAAUAAUUGUUUGUGAUCAAAAGUUUACUGCUGUUAUUCUCCAACAAAUAGUGAAUAUUAACAAAAUUCAGCAAUGUUGUAAAUGUGUUUUGAGCAAGUAGAUGCGUACCUAUGUGGGUGUUUGUAAAUUUAGAAGAAAAGUAUAUAAGCUAGCAUGAAGAUCUAUUAUCAAAAUUUAACGUACUCGUGACGAUCAACGGUGGCGGUAGAAAGCGGCAACGACGACGAAGAAGACGGUGCAGAAGGAGGUGAUGAGGGCGGCGGAAGAAUAUUCGGAGUUGUCGGAAUUCGGAAGUGGUUCGUUUACUGGCGCGCGAUAUGGUGUUUACGCGGGGAGCGGUCGGAUUCCCGGUGGUAGCGCGGACGGAAUCGCCGGCGGUCGAUUACCCGCGGAAGCCGAAGAUGCCCUGGGUGUUGCCGAUAGUUUACACGGCUACACCAGGGGACGCUCUGGUCUGUAUUACUCUCCUCCUGGAACGUCGUACACUAUCGUGGAAAGGCCCUCCUCGGCAAUGUACCAUCAUCCAAGGGAUAGAGAAUUGGACAGAGAAAGGGAUAGAAUGCAUUUCGGGAAAAACCCAAGAGGAACAUACUUGGGUUCGAAUCCAGCUUUCGAUCGUAAUACUUCGAGCAACAAGAAACGCCCGAUCUCUCCUGAACAAGUGCUGCGAAUGUUUGGGACUCACAGUCAAUCGAAUUCAAAAUUAAAUUCUGAACGGCCUAUCAGACGAAGUCCAGCUAGUAGUCCCGCAUCUACCAUACACUAUCGUCCCCCUUCUAACGUUCAUGAAUUAGUUACUCGAACCGUUACGAUGAUUAGAGAUCCUCCAGACGGUACCCAUGGUUUUGGGAUUUGUGUAAAAGGAGGUAAAGAAGCAGGAACAUACUUGGGUUCGAAUCCAGCUUUCGAUCGUAAUACUUCGAGCAACAAGAAACGCCCGAUCUCUCCUGAACAAGUGCUGCGAAUGUUUGGGACUCACAGUCAAUCGAAUUCAAAAUUAAAUUCUGAACGGCCUAUCAGACGAAGUCCAGCUAGUAGUCCCGCAUCUACCAUACACUAUCGUCCCCCUUCUAACGUUCAUGAAUUAGUUACUCGAACCGUUACGAUGAUUAGAGAUCCUCCAGACGGUACCCAUGGUUUUGGGAUUUGUGUAAAAGGAGGUAAAGAAGCAGGGGUUGGAGUGUACAUAUCGAGAGUAGAGGAGGGUAGUGUUGCCGAGCGUGCCGGAUUAAGGCCCGGAGACUCAAUCCUUGAAGUGAAUGGCACCCCAUUCACUGGGAUUUCGCACGAAGAAGCCCUUAAGAUGCUCAAGUCUUGUAAAAAGCUGAGUAUGACCGUUCGAUCACCAGCGUUGCCCUUGGGAUCAUUAGACAAUAAGGGUGGCUUUCGAACGACUAGGCAAACGUGUUCGUGGAUUGAUCGACAAGGUCGGCCUGUGUCACCUCCUAUGGAAUAUUCCAGAUCGGCAGGUACGCAACGAUACGCGUAUGGAAGGCCAUCGAGUAAGGACAGGAGUAUACGCAGGGUGGAGUUAUGUAUAGAACCAGGACAAAGUUUGGGAUUAAUGAUCCGAGGUGGUGUGGAGUACAACCUAGGUAUAUUUAUAACAGGAGUCGACAAAGAUUCGGUUGCUGACAGAGCAGGAUUGAUGGUCGGAGAUCAAAUUCUGGAAGUAAACGGUCAAUCGUUUAUGGACGUGACUCAUGAUGAAGCUGUUGCUACAUUAAAAUACCAUAAACGAAUGUCUUUGGUGGUUAGAGAUGUUGGAAAAGUGCCACAUUCUUGUACACCGUAUGACCAAACUUGGGAUAUCGGAAGUCCAGGAAGUAGACUGGCACAAACAACCCGUAAAUGGUCGGCAGCGCUGCAGAUGGUGGAGGAGAAAGCGAAGUGUCUUCUUCCGAAGCCGGAAUUUACUUCACUCUGCUAUUACGUUGAUGAAUAUGCUUGCAAGCAUAUGAACAUAGAUGCCUUUGUACAAGUUAUGAUCGAAUUAUUAAAUACACCAGAAAAAUUUACUUUGAUGAUUGAGCUACGUGAAAUAGUAGCAGUCGAAGAUCGAGCGAGAUUCGACGAACUCGUGUACAGAAGCGACCUAGACAGUCCUUCUUGCCGAGAUCCUAGGGAUUACGAUUACAGGCAUUCAAGGAGAAAAGGAGGACUACCGCAUCCGGAGUCCAACCACUGUCUGUAUGUUUCGGGCUUCCAAGAGUCGGACUACGGACCGAAUCCUGAACUGCCUCCAAGCGGUGGAACGUACAAUGAGGAAGAGUACCGUUCACCAAGCGAAGAUUCGGGCCUAGGAAUGGGCAUUAGUGAUCGAAUACCAAGGCAGAUUCACAGACCAGCGAGUGCAACUAGUAAUAUGUGGCCUCCAGGAAAAAUAACGGAACAGAAGGGCGACGGAAAUCUAAACCAGGAUUACCUGAGUGCUGACGACGAAAAUACUUCAGGAAAUCGGACCAGGAGACAUUCAAGUCCUGGACAGAGCAGAUCAGGGAGUACCAAUGCCUUACAUCAACAGGAAUAUUCUGAUUCGUCAUCAUGCAUUAUAACGACCCGAGGGUCAGAAGGGAAUGCGAAAGAGCGGUGA